AUGCCCAUCCGCAUCCGGUUACGCGCGCCCAACGGCACUCACACAGUAUCACUCAACGAUGACGCCGCUGUCUCAGACCUUCUGUCCUCUAUCAGCGAAAAGACGGAACUACCACUGUUCGAGUUGAAAUGGAACCAUCCGCCACAACCGCUCGAUCCUUCGCUGUACGGCAUGUCGACGUUGUUGAAAGACAUCGAUCUCAAGCUAAACGGCGCGUCCAUCAUAGUCAUUGCACAAGCUACGGGCGAUCCAAGUGAGCGUAAGCAAGAGCAUGAACUUCAAGCAUCUACAUCUCAGGCCGCGCCGCUGUCACUCCAACGGAAGCAGAACUCUACACUCAAGGACACCCCCGAAGUUCCGGUACCUGACCGUGGUGGCACCAUGGUUCUUCGAGUCAUGCCCGAUGAUAACUCUUGCAUGUUUCGAGCAGUUGGUAGCGCUGUCUUGUCCGACUCCCUUGAUUCCAUGACCGAGCUCAGAUCCAUGGUUGCGCAGGCUAUACAGCGAGAUCCAGAGCAGUACAACGAGGCCAUCUUGCAGCGCUCUCCCGAUGAGUAUUGCAAAUGGAUAUCAUACUCUGACUCGUGGGGCGGUGGAAUCGAACUCAGCAUACUGUCUCAGGAGUUCGACAUCGAGAUCGCCAGCGUCAACGUCCAAGACAACCGGGUAGAUAGGUUUAAUGAGGGCAAACAACGGCGGUGUAUCCUCGUGUAUUCUGGAAUACACUACGAUACCAUUGCUCUUGUGCCACGCGGUGUGUCGCCUCAAGACCCCUCGCAAGAUAUCAAGUUGUUUGACGCAAAGGACGACGUAAUUCUUGAAGCGGCCAGGGAACUCUGUGGGCAGUUGCAGAAAGCACAUUAUUUCACUGACACACAAAAGUUCGACAUCAAGUGCAACAAGUGUGGUUGGAAGGGAGCUGGAGAACGGGGAAUUGCAGAGCAGAGUGGUCGUCGUGCCGAAAUUUUACUGGACAGAGAUCACGACCGGGCUCUUUUCAGUCCAGCAGCAUUAGUGUCAAAGUUUGUAGCUCAACGUCCAGAAAAGAGGCCGGCACUUAUCUUCGCACUUAUCUUUGAGUACGCAUGCAUGUUCGUGUCUGUGCUGUUCCAGGGGCCUGGAACAGUGACGGAAGGCUUGCGUCUAAACUGCGUUGGUGCCCCAGACGCCGCUGGAGUUGACCACGUGCGCCAAGCCGGCGCUCUCAACGUCGAGCUCAAGCUCUCACAGACUCUCUCGCCAGCCAUAUCAUGUGCAGUCCUGAAGCUCAUGCGCGUUACUGCUAUCGUCACCGCUGCCGUCUUGGCCAGCAGUGCUACUGCUGCUCCUACCCCAGGUUUGAUCAGCAGCAUCCUGGGCCUGCUCACCAACGACAUCAACAAGCUCUUCUCCUCGCUGGGUAUCCACCUCCACACUGAUGGUGCCAAUCACGGCGCCACUGUUCCUUUCCACGACCAGUGCCCGUUUAGCAUCCCAGCUGUCGAUCUGAGCCCCAUUCGCCACAGCCACGAUAUCAACUGGGGCAAGGGUGUCAACGGCGGUAACUUCAUCAACUGGAAGACAUUCAAGGCCAAUGGUGCCAACCUAGGUGGAUGGCUGGAGAAGGAACAAACUCACGACCCUAUCUGGUGGUCUGAGGUGGGCGGCGAUGGCGCUCCUGAUGAAUGGACUCUCUGCCAGAACCUCGGUAGCAAGUGUGCUUCAGUCUUCGAGGAGCGUUAUGCCUCUUUUAUAAACACCACCACUAUCGACCAGCUUGCCAAUGUUGGUGUUAACACCCUCCGUAUUCCGCUCACAUAUGCUGCCUUCAUCGAAGUUCCUGGUUCUCAGCUUCACCAUGGCAACCAAUUAAAGUUCCUCAAGACCAUCACCGACUACGCCAUCAACAAAUACGGCAUGCACAUCAUCGUCGGUCUCCACUCGCUUCCCGGUGGUGUAAACAACCUCGACAUCGGCGAGGCACUCUUCCACCAGGCCUGGUUCCAAAAUUCUUCAAACCUUGACUACUCUUUCCAGGCUGUCGAUGGUGUUCUUAACUUCAUCAAGCAGAGCGGCCACGUCAACGCUUUCACGAUCGCACCAAUUAACGAAGCUUCCGACAACUUCGCUGGUUUCGGAUCUGCUGCUGGUCUAACUAUCAACGGAACGAACUGGAUCAACACUUACUUCAGUGGGGUACUCAAGAAGAUCGCCAAGGUCGACAAGCGCAUUCCUAUGAUGAUUCAAGAUUGCUUCAUGGGCGCCAGUUACUGGGCACCCUUCUAUGACGCAUCUGAAAACAUUGUCUUCGACUCUCACGUCUACUACUUCGCCGCCGCCGGCACAUACGCCGGCUACGUCAACCCUGCCGUGUGCGGCCAAGCCCAAUACAUUGCUCAGGAGACAAAGUUUCCGGUUUUCGUCGGCGAAUGGUCCCUGCAGGCCAUGUACAACAACACUCUGGACACCCGCAAGACCAUCUUCGACACUCAGCGUUACGCAUGGAACAAGUACUUGGCUGGUGGUGCCUUCUGGAACGGAGUCUCUUACGCAACCGCCAAGGUGGAUGGAGAGGGUACCCAGCGCGAGUACUGGAGCUACAUUGACUUGAUCAACCAGGGUGUGAUCACCAAGGUUACAAACGAGUCAUACUGUUAG